CAGCUGCAAGCCUGUGAGCUCACUCUGGAAUCUGGGAUUGCACUGGACCUGCAUCCUCAGGACAAGGUUCCACCAAGCUGAAGGCAUGAGGAUCCAUAGGCUCACCCUGCUGCCCUUCCUCCUUCUGCCCGCUCAGGUGCUCUUGGUGGUGGGCGCACCGAAAUCACGGGAGGGGCAAAGCAGUAUGGCAACCAAGGAUCAUUGGAUCCCUCUGGGCAAGCCCCAAAUUGUACAGAAAGACAGGGAACACAAGCCCCUGGUCAAUGGUGUCAUUGUCACCCCAGACCUGGCCUCAUGUACUGUGACUCUGAUGGAGCAUGAGGAGGGCACCGCCAUGAAGGCUGUGUGCUCCCGAAUGGACCAUGACUUUUCCUGUGUCUUUACCAGCAACCCAACUUCCUGCAUAGAGGGUUGUAAAAGUGAUAUGAUCUACUGGAGACAAAUUGCCUAUCACUUGAGCUUCCAGAGGAACCUCUGUGAGGAUGCCAAUGUGGUCCUGAGGAGCAGGGUCUGCAGCAGGAGGUUUCCAGAAUCCAAUUUCAAGCUGGUGUUCUCCACUCUGAUCAGCGAUCUCAAUCAGUGCGAUGGGAACAUCACGCCUUGGUGGUAUAUCAUAAUCCAAGAGGCCCCUCCCACGGGUACUACAGAAGUCAUACCAUUCUUUCCAAGGCAGGGGAUCCAGACGGUAGCACCCACCCCUACAGAGGUGAUCCAAGUCACAAAGACCACGCCAACAGUCCCCAUCGUAAUUGAUGAGACUACCACCUCUGAACAGGUAAAAGGGAAAAAGACCACCACUACACAGCAGCCCAAGACUGAACAGACUACCACCACAGUGCCCAUCACGAUUGAACAGACCACCGCUACUGAGGAGAUAAAAGUGGAAGAGACCACCACUACCCAGCAGCCCAAGACGGAGAAGACAACAGCCACAGCGCCCAUUGUGAUUGAACAGACCACUCCGACUGAGCAGAUAAAAGUUGAAGAGACCACCACUACACAGCAGCCCAAGAUUGAACAGACCGCAGCCACAGUGCCCAUUGUGAUUGAACAGACCACCCCCACUGAGGAGGUAAAAGUAGAAGAGAUCACCACCACACAGCAGCCCAAGAUGGAGCAGACCACAGCUACAGUGCCCAUCGUGAUUGAACAGACCACGCCCACUGAGCAGGUGAAAGUUGAAGAGAUCACCACUACACAGCAGCCCAAGAUUGAACAGACCACAGCCACAGUGCCCAUCGUGAUUGAACAGACCACGCCCACUGAACAGAUAAAACUGGAAGAGAUCACCACUACCCAGCAGCCCCAGGUUGAAGAGACCACCCCCACAGAGUCAUUCUUCGACGAGGUUACCACCCCCAAACCCAACUGUAAAGAUGACUCAGGCAUCAAAAUCAAACAGACGAUAAUCUACCAGUCAUCUCACCAUAUAGGUCAGAAGAAAGUCUAACAGAGUUCCCUGAGUGACUCUGAUGAUGCAGGGAGCGCCUUCUGAAAGGUUUUUAGUACUGUAAUACAGGAUGAACAACUGUAAUGAGGCAAGUGCAAACGGAGUCAGUUGGGAGAUGUCAUGCCAUUAGUUCCUCUGUGGGACUGAGCCGUAAAGCUCUCCAGCUUCUCCAUGAAAUACGUAGGAAAUUUUGUGCUGUGAGAAUGCAGUGGAUCGUUAAACAAGGUUUGUAAUUCUUUGUUAAUAUUUGGAAAUUCCUAUGUAUUCACUUCCUUGAAUGUGAUUUUCAGAAGCUGUUUACCUCAGCAUAUGUUUUCAUGGCCCACAAUGCUGUGUGUACAUAAGCACUGAGGAGCUCUCUUUGAGCUGAACAAGCCAGAGUAAUGAUUUCAGUGUGAUGCACUUUUUCUCAAAUUAAUAGAUAAUAAAGCUUUUCUUCAACAAUA